AUGAGCGCGCCACCAAGCAUUCCCCUCUUCCCCCCUCCGGGUAGCACUGCAGGCUUCACCUUUUCCUCUCCAGCGCCGCUCUACCCCGGCCGACCUCGCGGGGGAACUUCCCGUUCAAACUCCGCAGCUCUCGCACGCAAUCGAACGGCCGCAGCCCGAGCCGCAGUGGCGGCAGCGCGCUCGACGGGAACGUUGGGACCGCGCAAACGGCCCAGACCCAGCGGAGGCGGCGCUGAAUCGAGUGUUUUCGGAGCUUCGACAGGUCGCCGGUCAGCUGUUCAAAGCAGCGUUCCGGCCACGAGAUCCACUCGCGCAGCCGCGGCAGCCUUUUUGCAACACAGCGGCGCGCUGCAGUCGACGCAGUCGGACAGUGCUUCCGGUGUAGCGACACCCUACCGGGUGGGGCAAGUCCUUACGGAUGCCUUGAACCGCCUUCAAAAGAAAGACAAGAAACAGAUUUUCGCAGCUGCGGUCGACAAAACGCUCGUUCCGGACUACUACGUCGUCAUCAAGGAGCCGAUGUUUUUCGAAAAGAUGAAGCAAAAGAUUCGCGACAAAGUCUACAAAACGCUGGACGCAUUCGACGCAGACGUCUCGCUCAUCAUCAGCAACUGUCGCCUGUACAACCACCCGGACACGCCGUACUGCCGAGUCGCCGCCCUCGUCGAGGUUUGCUGGCACAAACUGCGCGAGCGCGUGAAAGUGAAGUUCGCGAACGCAGCCGCAGCAGAUGCAGCGGACGAGGCUGUUCUCGCUGCGCUGCGGUCUUCCGAUGCGGGGCAACCCGGAGCAGGCACAGCUUCGGCGGCUCCAGCGCCGGGGAGUUCUCUAGACCGCUCUGCCGGCUUCCACCUCACCCAGGGUACCGGGAUCGGCAGCGGGGACUUGGGCGCCGCCGGGCGAGUCGCGAUCGCCGGCGACGUGGGCUCUGCGACCGCGGUCGAGGGGACACCUGGGGCUCCAGUCGCCGCAGGCGGAGAGUCUCUCGCCGGCGACGCAGCUGGCAAGUUCGGCGCUUCGGCAGGAAAGGGCCGGAGACUUUUCACUGCGGCGUCAGGCGCGACACGACGAGAUGCCGCAGGCGCUCACCCCCACCCCGCGGGGCUCGGUCCAGCGCGACAGACAAGUGGAGAGGAAUUGUUUCAUCUUCUCCGCAUGGCGGCGGAUCCUUCCUCGGCAGCGAAGCUCGAGGAGCUCCAGUGUGUAGACGCCAGGGAGGCCGGCGGGACAGCGCCUGGGGACAGCUCGCGGUCCCACCUGUCUCUUUCUUCCUCGCCCCCGUCGGACCCCACAGACGCAGCGGGCCUUGGAGCUUCCAGGGCGGUCAAGGCGAAGGAGACGCCGAAAGGAGCGAAGGCAGGCGCGGAGAGCAGAGACACCGCGACGGCGAGCGGCAGCUCCAGAGGUGGAAGUGUGUCCGUGUUUGGGCCAGAAGCCAGAAAGAAGGAUCCCUUCUUUUGGGCCUCUCUCGUCGUGCCGGAGCUCCCGGCCCCCUCCACACCGGCCUGGAGCCAAACGCUCGGCCCUGCGGAGUACGGCCCGGCUGCGUCCCCGCCGUCUUCGCAGAGAGCUCAACAGCCUCUUUACCAUAAAAGCAUUCAAACGUUCCUGGGAGAAGAGACGCUCGCUCGCCUGGAGAAGUUUUUCCCGGACACUGGACGCGAGCUGCGGAAAUUUGCGCACCACGAGGCGCUGCGAGCGCCUCUCAACGAUUUGCGCAUUUUCGGAAUUGACACGGCAGACUUCCCCGAAUAUAACUCGAAGCUGUCUGUGGACCAUAGCUACCUGCUCGGAGUCGGUGAGGGGCAUCUUCAGGCUGCCUCGACUCUCGUGGUGCAGCCGCCAGCCUCGCUGGUGUCGCUUCCCGUCUCGCCCUCUUCUCGCGCUGCCAAGUGCGCGGAAGGUUCGUCGACGGAGGCCUCUCCCCAGGCCCAGGCCAGUUCGCUCGACCUCUCCUGCUUGCAGGGUCUCGUCCAGAAGCACUUGCAUCGUCGAAAUCCGCAACUGCAUGCGAAACCCGAGCCGCCCGCUCGUCUGCUGGCAAGCUGCGCCGCGGGCGCGUCGCUCCCUCUCUCUGCUUUCUCGAGCGCGGCGUCGGGAGUCUUUGGAGCUCGGCGCUUGCAGCCCCUCCUUUCUGCGCGGGGCGAGGCUGCGGGACAGUCCCCCGAAGGCCUCGGUCCGCUCGCCUUCUCGCAGCCGCAGAGUGCGCGGAGUGUUUGGGCGCCCGAGCCGCUCGACGCCGAGGGCGGGCCGUCGCCUCGCGCCUUUCUGGCCCGCGAAGACGAGAAGGGCGAGGCUUUCGCGGGCGUCUCCGCUGCGAAAGGGUAUCUGUCUGGAGACACCGCGGAAAGCGACGACCGCGACCGACGCGGCGAGGCAGAGACGCACGCCAAGGGGCCGGGCUCCGAGGGAAGAGAAGCCGGAGGCCGGAAUGGGGACAGCUCCGCGGACGUGCGCAGCUUGGAGAAAGGGUCCGCGGAUCGAGCGGGGCCUGGGGCGGGGGCGAGUCCGAAGCCGUCGAGUGUGGCCGGAAAUGAAGCUCAGCUGCUCCAGGCAGCGGUCCGAAGACACUUUGACGGUUUGAUUGCGCAGGUUCUCAGCACGCCCCAGCAGCGACUGCUUCAGCUCCAGCAACGCAGACGCGCGUUCGCACAGACUCUCCACCUCUUGCUUCCCGGAGCAGGGAACCCAGGCACGCCCGCGGAAGUCGGCCUCGCGUCUGUCUGUGGCCAGGCGCAGGCCCCGUCUCUCCAGGGGAAGAGCUCUGGAGCCGGCUCCGCGGGAGACGACGCCCGGUCGAAACCGGACAAAAAAACGGGCGCCCUCGCCCACGCGGUGCAUGCGCCGCAUCCAGGCGCUGCCUUGUCCGACUCCGCCCCACACCCACGCCCGCCGCCGCUGCCUCCGCUCAAGCGCCAAGGCUCGUCGGGGCCUGCCGUCGGUGGUCAGGAGACAGGGCCCGCGACGGGGACCGUCCGCGCGGGUGCGGGGCACGUUUCGGGUUCUGGAGGUGCCGCAGCUGGCGGCGCGUCUGUGCCGGCGAAUGGCCCUCUCGUGUUCCCCUCGCUGGUCAACUCUUCUUCCCAGCAAGGCUUUGCUUCUCCCGGACCGCGCUCUCAUCCAACUUCGAACCUCUCUUCUCUUCCGCCUCGCCCUUCUCUUCCGCCUCGCCCUCCUCUUCCGCCGCAGCCUUCGAGUGCGGCUCCGCGUAGUGUCUCGACGGCUGUGACCCACGCCAGCGUCUCUCUCCAGUCUGAUCCGUCUUCUCUGCCUCCGGCGUCGCUGUCGGCCUCCCGUCCGUAUCCGUUUCCUUCCCGUCCAACCUCUCACCCUGUCUCUUCCCACGGCUCACCGGCUUUCCAGGCUCCUCCAUCGAGCGUCUCUUCGAUUCCGGCUUCUCACCCCGCGCCGUAUCCUUCGCCUUUUUCUCACGCCGCAGCUUCGGCGUACGCGUCGCCCCCCCCGUUUUCCUCUUCGUCUUCGCAGCCGUCGCCUGGCUUGCCGUUUUCUGUCUCGGCCUCGCAGCCCUCUGUGCCUCUUCAGUCUCCGUCUGGUUCCGUAUCUUCGGCUUCUUCGGGUUCUGCUUCGUCUCGUCCUUCUCCGGGCACUGCGCGGGGGAACCCGGAGGGUGACCGGGGCCUUGAAACGGGGUCGGGUCAUCCGCCCUCGAGGCCAGGUCUGAGUCUGAGAGAGGGAAACCUUCCCUUUCUUCGUCCCGGAGGCUCGGUCAACGCGGAUCCUGCGGGGUCGCAGCCUCUCUGUCACGGCCUGCCAAGUUGA